CUCAUUCGGCGGACCAGCGCUUGACGGAACGGAUGUGUGCGUGAUCAGAGAUCUAGGCAUAUCCACAGAUCGCAUCGCAUCGUAUUGGAUCAGUUUGGAUCGGUACAUCCGCGGGAUAUAAACAGAUACGAUACUACUGUACGGAUAAUCAGUUCGCACUUGGCCGGAAGAAGGUGGCAAUUGAGACAACUCAACGCUUUCUGCCAGGCGAAUUCGAAAGAAAACAAAUAAAAGAAGUUCAAGUCAAUCAAUCAGCUAACAGAGAAUCAAAAACAAAAAACGAUCGGGCAAAUUUUCGCCAGUCAACGCGAUCGGGCCAUAAAAACAAUUCGAAGAGAAUUAAUUUGAUUUUCAAUUCGAUGCACGAUUCUCGAACUCGAUCUCGAUUCUGAUUGACAACUGCGAAAGGUUGGCGUUGUACUACACACAUUUUUUUUGCAGUGCACACUGAGUGAGUGAGUGAAUGAGUGAGUGUGAGUGAUUGUGCGUGGGUGCAAUAAUCAAAUUUGACAACUGCGCGAAUAACGUUCGAGAUCAAAACAAAUCGUGCCGGAAUAAAUGGAAUAAAUGGGUCAAGAACUCGCUGCGAUUUCCUUCCUUCAACUGUGAGCACCACAUAACCAGCCAUCAUCAUACACCAUACACCAUACACCAUACAUCGUAUAUAUUGCAACGAUGACGCACCUGAUGGGCCCCACUGAGUGCGCCGGCGCCAUGAUGACCACCACCUCCAUGCAGUUCCUGGACACCAGCCUGCCGGACUACAACUGCUAUGCCAACGACUACUGGGCAUCGCCGUACAUGACCGGCGGACUCAGUCCCAUGAAGCAGAUCGAAGCCUGCAUCCAAACGGCUGGCAAGGAUCGCAGCUCGUACAAGCCGCUGGAGCAGAUCGAUGCCAAGUUGGCGGACAUCGAGACGCACAGUACAGGCAGCACUGGCACCGCGAACAGCAGCAGCAGCAACAGCAGCAUCUCGAAUCCCAGUUGCCAGGAUCAGUCGUCGUCCGUGCCACUGCCAACCACUGAUUAUGCCGGCGGUCACAGUGAAGCCUCGAUGGCGCCAACAGCCGGCGGCACGGCAGCCACAUCGACGUCAGCUGGCGGAGUCAGUGCAUCCACGGCGUCCAAGAAGUUCAAGGGGCAGCACAAAAAAGACAACAACAGUGCGGAGAACGGUACAGUGAAGCCCAACAGUCAUAAUAUCAGCAAAGGGGAAUCGGAGCCAGUGCAUCCAUCUCUGGCACAGGCCAUUGUGGUGCUGGAGACGAAGGCGCUGUGGGAUCAGUUCCAUGCCCAGGGCACCGAGAUGAUCAUCACCAAGACGGGCCGCCGCAUGUUCCCCACCUUUCAGGUGAGGAUCGGCGGCCUGGAUCCCCAUGCCACCUACAUCUGCAUGAUGGACUUUGUGCCCAUGGACGACAAACGCUAUCGCUACGCGUUUCACAACUCCUGCUGGGUGGUGGCUGGCAAGGCGGAUCCCAUUUCGCCGCCCAGGAUUCAUGUGCAUCCCGACUCGCCUGCCGCCGGCUCCAAUUGGAUGAAGCAGAUCGUGUCCUUUGACAAGUUGAAGCUCACCAAUAACCAGCUGGACGAAAAUGGACAUAUCAUUCUGAACUCCAUGCAUCGCUACCAGCCGCGUUUCCAUCUGGUUUAUCUGCCACCGAAGAACGUGUCCUUGGACGAGAACGAGCACUCCAGCCACUUUCGCACUUUCAUCUUUCCGGAAACAAGCUUUACGGCCGUAACUGCCUACCAGAAUCAGCGGGUGACACAGCUGAAGAUCUCCAGCAAUCCAUUCGCCAAAGGCUUUCGGGAUGACGGCACCAACGAUGUAACCACUGGCGGUGGCAGCGGCAUGUCCUCCAUGAGCCACGAAAGUCAGGCGCGCAUGAAGCAGCAACAGCAGCAGCAGCAGCAGCAACUGCAGCAGCAGCAGCAACAUCAGCAGCAACUCAAGGAGCGAACGGCAGCAGCCAGCAACUUUGGCCUGAGCUGCAGCGAACUGGCCAUUGAGCAACAGCAGCAGCAGCAGGGAGUCCUGCAGCUCCCAGCCACGCCCUCCAGCAGCUCCACCUCCGGCAACUCACCCGACUUGCUGGGCUACCAGAUGGAGCAGCAACUGCAGCAGCAGCAACAGCAACACCAGCAGCAGCAACAGCAGCAGCAACACCAGUCCCAGCAGCAACAUCUCCACCAGCAACACCAGGCGAACCAGCAGCAAUCGCUGCUCCAACAGAGCCAGAAUCACACGCAAUAUGGCAGCUACCAUCAUGCGUACCAGGCACAGGUGCAGCCGCAUCCCCUCACGCCGCACUCCAGCAGCUCCGCAUCCCCGCCAGCAACUGCUGCGCCCGGAGCAAGUGCAGCAACGGCAGCAGUAGCAGCAGCAGCAGCAGCAGCAGCAGCAGGAGGAGGAGGAUCAGGAGCAGGAGCAACGUCAGCCACCCAAGUGAUGAGUGCGGCCAAUAUCUACUCGAGCAUUGGACAACCCUAUGCCCAGGAGCAGAGCAACUUCGGCGCGAUCUACCAUCAUAAUGCGGCUGCCGCAGCUGCCGCUCACUAUCACCAUGGUCAUGCCCACGGCCACGCCCACAGCCACGCCCACGGCCCAUAUGCCAGCGCCUACGACAAGCUGAAGGUGUCGCGUCAUGCGGCAGCCGCCGCCUACGGAAUGGGCGCCACCUAUCCAAGUUUUUACGGUUCGGCUGCACAUCACCAGAUGAUGCGACCGAAUAGCUACAUAGAUCUGGUGCCUCGCUAGGGAGCACCAGCUGGAAGAGAAGGAUUUCGGAUCGGAUACGCCAAGGAAUUAGCACGUCAAUUGCCUGUAAAAAUGAUUGUAAAAUCCAAAGUUAGAUUACGUCAUCAUAGCCAAAGCUAUAUAUGUGUAAAUCUCAUGCCAAAGAUUCGUUCUAAAAUCAAGAAUCUAUUUCCAAAAGCCUUUAAUUUUCGCCCACAAAAAAAAAUGUUUUAACAAAACAAAAUAACUAAGCUUAAGCCAAAACUAUAAUAACAUGAAUUAUUUUUUAAUUUAUAAGCAUUCAAAUAUCUUUCAAGAAACAAUUAGCGGGAUUUGGUUCUUGAUUUUAGAAUUAAUUUCAAGUAUUAGCAGCCAAAAAACCAAAAAUAAAUGCAACAAGUAUUACAAGUAUUUCUACAAACAAAAAUUACCAUUACAAGUUAAAAUAUUUUUUUUCUAGCUUAGGUAAUAAAUUUAUUUGUGAAAAAGAAACGCGGAUGGAAAUCAUAAAACAUUUCGAUGUAAACUGUAGUCUAAUUUUAAUAUACAUUUUUUUUUUUGCUUAACACUCUAGGUUUUUUUUUCUAUGUAAAUACAAGUACAUA